AAAACGUGAGGGGUCCCACCUGGAGCAGCCCUGGCAGAUGGCGGAGGCGGCCGUGGUCGGCGUUUUUGGGGGGUCCCUGAAGGUUCCAGGGGGGCCCCCCCCCGGGCCCGGGGCCGCUGCGGGAGCUGAGCCGGGGAGUGCUGAGCUCGGGACGGCGGCGGCUGCGCAGAUUCGGGGUACGGACCCGAAAUUGGGACCCACCCCGCAGGACCCCGGACGUGGCUGUUUUUGGGGGGCGCCGUGGGGGUCUGUGAGGCCGCGGGACUCGACCCCUCCCUGGGGCUGGUGGGGGCCCUGGCCCGGGGGGCUGCCCCACAGGCGCUGGUGCGGAUGUUCGCGGGGCGCCGCCCGGGGCUCCGCAGCCUCCAGGGGGCGCUGCCCGCGCUGCCCCUCCCCCCGCUGGGCCAGACCGUGCGGCAGGCCGUGGAGUCGCUGCAGACCCUCGACCCGGGGGGGGUGGGGGAGGGGCUGCCCCCCCUCGCCCAGAGCUUUUUGGGGGGUCCCGGACCCCAAAUCCAGCGGGGGCUGCGCCUGCGGGGCUGGCCCUGCCCAGCUACCUGAGCGAACUGUGGGAGGAGCAGCUGCACUUGGGGGCGCGGGGACCCCUCCCCAGCACGGGCAGCUACUACCUGAUGGACCUUUUGGGGCCGCCCCCCACGCGGGUCAGGGCCGCUCGUGCCGCCAACGUCGCCGUCGCCUUCCUGCGCUUCCGCCGCCUCGUCCGGGACGGGACCCUGCCCCCGGUGCUGUUCCGGGGGUCCCUCCCCACCUGCUCGGCGCAGUACGAGCGGCUCUUCGACACCACGCGGCUCCCGGGGGAGCAUCGGGACCACCUGAGGCAUUUUGGGGGGGGGUCUGACCUGGCGGUGCUUUUUGGGGGGCGCCUGUUCCGGGUGCCCCUCCGGGCGGGGGGGGGGCGGCCCCUGAGCCCCCCCGAGCUCCAGAGGCAGUUCCAGAAAGUUCUGGAGCAGGAGGGGGAGGCGGGACCCCCC